AUGGUAUUUAAGAAAAGAAAGAUCGAGGAAGAAGAAGAACACGAAACUGAUACCAAAUACACACCAGGUAAGCAUCCUCGGACUCAAGCAUCUUUACCACGGGUUGAUUAUGAAUCUCCUUUAGAUCCAGAGAAUGAGCUGUUUGUGGAGGAGUGGAAUAUACCAAAGAUUAAUAACUACAUAAGCUACAUGCUUGACACAUUGAUCGAAACACAUAAGAACUUAGUGAAGGACUUCAUAAAAUUACCCAGCCGGAAGUUUCACCCUCAAUAUUACUAUAAGAUAGAGAAACCAAUAUCAAUAAAUGAAAUCAAAUCCAGAGAUUACGAAACUAAUGAUGGAAACUUGGCGUUUUUGCUCGAUGUAGAGUUGAUCGCUAAGAAUUGUGUAUCAUAUAAUGAGGAAGAUACCCUAAUUGUGAAAAACUCUGAGCAGGUUGUUAAUCUGAUUGAGGCCGAAGUUUUGAAGACCAAGAAUAUGAAUAGAAAUUAUUUAUUAAACGAUUCAUUGAAAAAGAGAGCAACAAAAUACCUUGAUCUGUUGCUAGAUUGUACUGAUAAAGAUAUAGAAGAAGCAUUUAAUAGACCUACUAAAGGUGUUGAUAGUAAGAUGAAGAUAUGUGGACCUUUCAGAGAAAUGGUUAAUAAAGAUGAUUUGCCAGAGUACUAUGAAAUAAUUCAAAAUCCUAUUUCAUUGGAUGUUAUAGCCACCAACAUUACAAUCGGAAAAUACAAGCAAUUGUAUGACUUUAUAACAGAUGUUCAGUUGGUUUUUUUGAAUGCUCGGGUUUACAAUGAUGUGAACACACUGAUUUACCAAGAUGCAACAAGAAUUUUGCAUUAUUUUAACUACCUCAUAAACAAUAAACUUUUUGCAGAACUGCAAGAUGCUACAGAACGUGGUGAACUUAACUUGGAGCUCGAUCCUGUUGGUUAUGAACAUAUGAUUAAUGAACCUAGUUCGAACACCAACAGUCUCAAUUUAUUAGAUAAUGACGAUAUGGGCGAGACUGACAAUUUAGAAGGACUCGGUAAUGGCUACAAUAGAUCAAUUAUGUCAGAAGACUUUUUAUUGGGACCUAUGAACGACCGCAAUGAGUCCAAUAACAAUGAAGAUGAGGAAGAUGACGCUGAAGCCAAAGUUCCUAAAUAUAAUAUCAUAAAGUCAUUGCAAAAAGAUGUGAUAUCAAACCAGUAUACAAUGGCAAAGAAACCUUUUGAAAUCAUAAAGCAGAUAGAAAUAUUCUCGACACUCAGGAGCUUCAAACAAGCCGUGGAUCCACUACCUGGUUCAAAACCGUCUACAAACCCUGAUUGGUUCCAAUACAUAUUUAAAGGCAAUCAAAUGAGCCAAAAUGAAAAUAUGUACUCGCUGUCUCUUCAACCUAUACAUACACAAGUUACAAUCGCUGCUGAUACCACCAAAUCAGGAAUUAAAAUUAGUUUAGUUUUAAACAGAAUGCUAGUCAAAUCAAGAAAGAUGAUAAUAAAUGAGAGAAAUUUAAUGCAUUUACAAUCAGAAGUUAAGCCAGAUCUUAGCGGACUUGUGGGUGAAAGAGAAGAGUUUGAUAUUAGACUAUCAGAAGGUCUCAACAUGUUAGAGUUAAGAUGUAUCGAUACAGCCCAAAGUCAAGAAGAAGUCGUCAAACUUUGGAUUAAUAUUUUUGCUUGA